ACUACCAAGUCAAGCAUCAACCGAUGCACGUGCAGGUCCUAGUCCUACAUAUACUGGCAAAAGUAAAGCUCGUAAAUCAGAUAUCCAGGAAAAUUUGUAACACAGAAAAAAGAAAAGAAAAGAAAAUGCUGAUGACAAUUGGAGAAAUGAUGACUGGAGUAGGCUCUGCAAUUGCAGGCCUAAUGGUGGCUUAUGCCAUGUUUCAGAAUUACUUCCCUUAUGACCUCCGAAAACCUGUCAAGCUUUACAUCCGCAAAAUCACGAAUUUAGUCUAUCCUUAUAUGAAGAUUACAUUUCCAGAAUAUCAAGGUAAUGGAUUUAACCGCAACAAAGCAUUUGCUGCAAUAGAAAGGUAUCUGAAUGAAAAUUCAUCGAAGCAGGCGAAGCAUCUCAAGGCCAACGUUUUGGAUGACAGCCAGGUUAUAGUUCUUAGCAUGGCUGAUCACGAAGAGGUCACCGAUGAAUUCCAGGGCAUCAAGCUUUGGUGGUCUUCCAACCGUGUCACUCCCCAAACGCAAUCCAUUUCGUUCUAUCCGAGGGAGGAUGCCAACAGGUAUUUCAUACUCAAUUUCCACAAGAAGUACAGGGACAUCAUUACCAAUUCUUAUCUGAAACAUGUUUUGGAAGAGGGAAAGGCUAUUACUGUCAAGGAAAGGCAGAGGAAACUGUAUACAAAUAGCAAGGGUGAAAGUUGGAGCAGAUUCACGAGAAGCAAUUGGAGCCAUGUGGUAUUUGAACAUCCGGCAACUUUUGACACUUUAGCCAUGGAGCCAAAGAAGAAGGAAGAAAUUAUCAAAGAUCUGAUGAGGUUUACUGAGGCGAAAGACUAUUACGCCAAGAUUGGUAAGGCAUGGAAGCGGGGCUAUCUCCUCCAUGGUCCACCUGGAACUGGGAAGUCCACCAUGAUCGCUGCCAUGGCUAAUCUUUUGAAAUAUGACGUUUAUGAUCUUGAAUUGACGGCCGUUAAGGACAACACGGAGCUGAGGAAAUUGUUGAUAGACACGUCGAGUAAAGCAAUUCUUGUAAUAGAGGACAUUGAUUGUUCUCUUGAUCUUACAGGCCAAAGGGAGAAGAAGAAGAAGGAGAAGACGGAAGAGGAAAAGAAAGAAGAAAAGGCAGAUCCAGUUAAGGCGGAGAUGAAAAAAAGGGAAGAAAAUGACAAGAAUAGUCAGGUUACAUUAUCCGGGCUUCUGAACUUCAUUGAUGGGCUCUGGUCAGCAGCUUGUGGUGCAGAAAGAAUAAUUGUUUUCACAACAAAUUAUGUGGAAAAGCUUGAUCCUGCUUUGAUUAGGAGAGGAAGAAUGGAUAAGCAUAUAGAAUUAACAUACUGUUGCUUUGAAGCAUUCAAAGUUUUAGCAAAGAAUUAUUUGGACCUUGAAUCUCAUCAACUGUUUGCGACAAUAUGUGGCCUGUUACAGGAAACCAAAAUGACUCCUGCAGAUGUUGCUGAAAACUUGAUGCCCAAAUCGUCUGAAGAGGAUGAGGAAGCUUGUUUGGCGAGACUCAUCAAGGCUCUGGAAGAAGCAAAAGCCAAGGCUGAGGAAGAAGUAAAAAUGAAGGCCGAGGAAGAAGCGAAGAAGAAAGUAGAGGAAGAAGCGAAAGCAGAAGCUGAGGAAGAAGAGAAGCAAAAGGCUGAGAUAAAGAAAGAUGAGGGGGAAGAAGCAAAUGGUGAAGGUGUUGAAAUCACUGGAGUAGUGAAAGAUAAUGAAGAAGAUGCUAAAAACCCCACGUCUAAUGCUAAUGGUGUGAAAGAAAAUGGAGAUGCCUCUCACUGAAGAUGUGGUGAAGUUCAUGUGGUAGGAAUGUUCUAUUCUUGCCUUUCAAUAAUAAGAAGUAAGAAUAAUACUAGUUCUAGCUGGGGAUCUGGAUUAGGCUUCAUUGCAAUCUAAUCUAAAUAUUGUGAUAUUAUUAGUUUGUGCUGACAGAAUAUAUGUUACAAUGCCGAGUUUGCAAUCAUAAUUUGUGUUUAUACAA